CAACCACCAACGCCAUCUCGAUCACCGUUACAUCAGGAGAUUUUUGCAAUUAACAUGAUGCCUAACGUCGAAAGCGUUAUCGAGCCUACUUUGGCAAGAUAUAUCGACGCGACAAAGCUGGAGAAGCUCCUGAAGAAGAUAUUUAACGAAGAUAUUGCAGUUUAUGAAAAGAAUGGGGUGUUCAGCUUCACUGCGCCGAGACACCUCACCGAGGAUGAGCUCGAUUCAGUGACUGAAGACACGCGCGUGGUGGAAUAACGCGUGGGAGCGGUACGAAAGAAGCAAUCCAAGGGAAUCAUCGAGCACAGCGGCUAGAAUGUGUGAUGUAUGCAUAGGCACACCCAAUACAUUAAGCCUCUCC